AUGAACCUUUUCUCAGGGAACUCCACAGUCCCUAAAAUUCAAAUCUCAACUUUUGAAUUAUCCUUCCUCAGAUCACUUGAUGUACUACAUAACUUCAAAGACACCUUUAUUUCAAACUCAAUCAACACCAAUGGACAUCACCUGAGUCUUCCGCCUCCAUUGUACUCACCUCAUGGGAACGCCUUGAAUCCUUCAUUUUUGAAUGUCGUCGGAAAGAGUGUCUCCGUGAUUUUUGCAAUCUUUAUUGCAAUCCAAUCCUUACAACUUGCCAGGUCAAAAACUUUCUCAGGCAGACAGUCAAUUGGUGUGUCAUGGUCCCAAUCUGCUCGGGUGUUCUUGGUUGUUGCACAGACCAUCUCGCUCAUCACGCUUUACUUUUUCGUCGGGAACAACUACCUCGUUUACGACAUUGGGACAACGUCACUAGCCGCUGUUUUACAUGCCAUUGAGUACCAGAAAUCAACCGUUGCUGUGACCUCACUACUUUUUUACUGGUUCGUGAAGUCGUUGUUUUUAGCUACCGUUGUGGUGCAGGACUCAGUUUCGAAGCAUUAUAUUCUCCUGAACGACUCUUUAAGUUAUGGGUUAGAACUUGCCGUAUUUGUCACAUCUGUUUUGGUUUUGAUUAUCGAGGCGGGAUUCUACAGACCUGGUUUUCAAGUAGAGGACAAGGACAAUAAAGCUUCAGUUUUUUCACUGCUUUCAUUUAGCUUCAUACAACCAGUGAUUGACAAAGUGUACAAAACAGACGACAUAAAACUAUCAGAACUUCCAGAAGUUGCAGAUGACCUCACCUGUGAUGAAGUGACACCAAGGUUAAAGCACUACUGGGUAUACGAACAAUCAGUCAAGUCCCAUUUUUUUAGCAAGUUAUGGGCGUCGAUAAGGAGAGAAAAGUAUGAACCCUCACCAGUUUUGUUUGCAGCCGUUUUCAAGGCAUACUAUGGCUACUUGCUAACAAAUCUUUUCCUAGCAUUUGUUGAGACACUUUUGCAAUUUUCUCAGCCAUUUGCAUUGAUGAAAUUUCUAGGAUUUUUCAAUGACUAUCUUUACAGCACCGAAGAGGAACAACUGCCAAUCAUUAUUGGAUACUAUUGGGCAGGAAUUAUGUUUUUGGUUGCCGUGGGAAACUUUGUCACCUAUAAUCAAAUGAUAAUUUUGCAAAAUAAGUUGGCUGUUAGCAUUCGAAGCUCACUCACAACCUUGGUGUACCAAAAAGCCUUGAAUUUUUCCCCUGGGUCCAGAAGAAAGAAGCCUACUGGUGAUAUCAUCAACAAUAUCUCAGUUGAUAUUGGUCAAAUCAAUGGAUUAUUUUUACUGUUGGGUGAUUACGCAGCGGCUCCUAUAAAGUUAAUCGUAUGUCUCAUUGCAUUGUACAAAUUCUUUAAAACGGCAUCGUUUUUUGGAUUGGGUGCUGCGUUAUUGUCUGUACCUUUGGUCACAAUGGUGAAUGCGACUGUGAUUUCUAGUUAUCGUCAAAUGAUGAAAGACAAAGAUGAAAGAACUACUUUGAUUACUGAGAUUAUCAAUCUGGCCAAAAGCAUCAAGUUGUACUCUUGGGAAAAGCCAAUGUUGGAAAGGUUGAGUCACGUUAGAAACAACAAAGAGUUGCAGAACCUUAAGCUGAUUGGAAUCAUUAUUGCCCUUGCACAGUUUUUAUGGACGUGCGUACCCUUUAUCAUCAGCUGUGCCUGUUUUGCAGCUUUUGCAUGGUUGUACAAGAUCCCCUUGACUCCGGAAAUUGUGUUUCCUGCGUUGAGUUUGUUUGAUUUGUUGAUGGAGCCCAUGAUGAUAAUUCCAAACUUGGUAGUUAGUAUUGUGGAAACAAAAGUGUCUUUAGGUAGAUUGACUGAGUUGUUGACAUUGGAGGAAAUCAGUCCCGAUCAAGGGGGAAAGAUAAAGAGGGAGUCUCUUCCAAAAGGAGCCUACUCCGUUAAAAUUGAAAAUGCAAACUUUGUAUGGAAUCUCGGUGAACCUGAUAAAACUUACAAAGAUGAAGAGGAUGAAGUUGAAGGUCAGGCGUCAAGUAAUGUGGCGUUGACGGAUAUCAAUUUUGUGGCCAAUAGAGGAAAGUUGACUUGCGUUGUGGGUAAAGUUGGAAGUGGGAAGUCUACCUUGUUAAACGCAAUUCUCGGUGACAUCCCAAUCAGAGGACCAAAUUACCAAGACAACGAAAGUGAGGCACAACCAAAGGUGGAAGUGUAUGGAUCUAUUGCUUACUGCCCUCAAAACCCAUGGAUCUUGAAUGGUACAGUCAAGGAAAACAUUUUGUUUGGUCACAAGUACGACUCUGAGUUCUACAGAAAGACAAUUAUCGCAUGUGAGUUAGUUUCUGAUUUUAAAACGUUACCAGAUGGCGACAAAACAAAUGUCGGAGAAAAGGGAAUCUCGUUGAGUGGUGGUCAAAAAGCACGUCUUUCUUUGGCAAGAGCAGUAUAUGCUAGAGCAGAUAUUUACCUCUUGGAUGAUGUUUUGUCCGCAGUCGAUGCGCAUGUCGGUAAAGCAUUGAUUAAGCAAGUGCUUGCUAGUGAUGGAAUCAUUGGAACUCGUACCAAGAUUUUGGCUACUAAUUCUGUUCCUGUUUUACACGAGGCCAAUGAUAUUUAUCUCUUGUCCAAAGGUUCUGUUGUUGAACAUGGUAAAUACGACGAUGUGAUGAGAAGGAAUGGCGACUUGGCAAAUUUGAUCAACGAAUUCGGUAGACAGAGCUCCAAUAAUCUGAGGCAACUCACUCCCGAGGCAGAAGAGCAAGGACAAGAUUUGAAACAACUUGAAGAGGCUGAGAUCAAAAGUGAUGUUCGUAAAGUAAUUGAAGAGGAGCUUACACACAGUGAUGAACGCCGUGCCAGUGUCGUAUCUCUCGACCACGUAUAUGCUGAUGAUGAGGGUGAAGACGAAGAAGAUGAAGUUACUGGCACUUCAAAGAAGAUCAGAACUGACGUACAAGAGGAAGGAAAAGAGAAAGGAGCCGUUCCAUUCAAAACGUUUCUUCAAUACAUUAAACAAAGUAAUGUGGGAUACUUUUCGUUAUUUUUGGCACUGAGUGUCGGCGUCAUGCUACUCAAUGUCAUGGAGACUUAUAUUUUGAAAGAUUGGUCAGAUAUAAACAAAGAGCACAAUUCAACAGUUAGACCAGGGUUUUUCUUAGGAUUAUAUUUUGGUGUUGGUGCCUUGGGUGGUGCUUUAACUUAUUUCCGCUAUUUUGUAUUCUGGUCAUUUUGUAUCAUCCGAGCAGCAGGAUACUUCCAUGACACUAUGGCCAAGUCAAUCUUGCGUUCACCAAUGUCAUUUUUUGACACCACUCCAGUGGGAAGAAUAUUGAAUAGAUUCACUCAAGAUGUUUCCAAUUUGGAUAUGACGUUGCCAUUCACAUUGAUAAGUUUUCUCCAGUUGAUUGUCAGAGCCAUUAUUACAUUAACUGUUGUUAUUGCGUCAUUACCUCGGAUGAUUGUAGUGAUUUUAGUUUUGGGUGUGAUUUACAACUACUACAGAGCGAGGUAUAUCCCCACUUCUAGAGAGUUGAAGCGUUUACUGUCUGUUGUCAACUCGCCGGUAUUGUCGGUCAUUCAGGAAUCAUUGAACGGUGUCGAUACCAUAACUGCUUUCCAUCAAAAGGAGAGGUUUAUUCACAAAUGCAAGAAAUUUAUCGAUGAGAGGACAUUGGUCAAUAUUGUAAAUGUUGAUGUGAUGAGAUGGUUGUCAAUGCGAUUGCAGUCUAUAUCUGCUGCUACGUUGUUGGCCGCAUCAGUUUUGUCUGUGUAUUCAUUAACCGGUAGCCAUCCAUUGGUUCCAGCCAUGGUGGGGUUCGUUUUGACGUACGUUAUCACUGUUCCUACUAUAUUGACUAACUUGAUCAACUCGUGGAGCUCAGUUCAGGUCAGUGGUGUGGCUUUGGAGCGUAUUAUCGAGUACUGCAACUUGCCCUCAGAAGCACCGCUAGUUAUUGAAGACAAGAGACCGGACUUCACUUGGCCAGCUCACGGUGUUGUAAAGUUCAAUAACUACAGCACUAGAUAUAGAGAAAACUUGGAUCCUGUGUUGAAAAACAUUGAGUUCAAGAUUGAGCCUAGGCAGAAGGUCGGUAUUGUUGGAAGAACAGGUGCAGGAAAAUCAUCCUUGACGUUGGCAUUGUUUAGGAUAAUUGAAGCUACUGGGGGAAACAUUGAGAUUGAUGGAGUCAACAUUGGUGAGAUUGGGUUGUACGAUUUGAGACACCAUUUGACAAUCAUUCCUCAAGAAGCCCAUACCUUUAGAGCAUCUGUGAGAGAAAAUUUGGAUCCAUUUGGAGAAUACACUGAUGAAAAGUUGUGGAGGGUUUUGGAACUAGCACACUUGANGGUAUUGAUAAUUGAAGCUACUGGGGGAAACAUUGAGAUUGAUGGAGUCAACAUUGGUGAGAUUGGGUUGUACGAUUUGAGACACCAUUUGACAAUCAUUCCUCAAGAAGCCCAUACCUUUAGAGCAUCUGUGAGAGAAAAUUUGGAUCCAUUUGGAGAAUACACUGAUGAAAAGUUGUGGAGGGUUUUGGAACUAGCACACUUGAAAGAGCAUGUGGAGAAAAUGGAGACAGAGCCAACUGAGGAAGAGAAAACGAAGAGCAAAAAUCCCGACGAACUACCUAAAAAGAGAGGGUUGGAUGCUGAUAUUGAAGAAGGUGGCUCAAAUUUAUCGGCUGGCCAGAAGCAACUUUUGUGCUUGGCAAGGGCUUUGUUGAAUGAAACCAGUAAAAUUUUGGUUUUGGAUGAGGCUACAGCUGCUGUCGACUUCCAAACUGACAAGAUUAUUCAACAGACAAUCAGAGAACAAUUCAAAGACAAGACCAUUUUGACCAUUGCACACAGAAUUGACACCAUCAUGGAUAGUGACAAGAUUUUGGUAUUGGAUCAGGGUAAGGUUGCUGAAUAUGAUACUCCGCAACUGUUGUUGAGGGAUGAAAACAGUAUAUUUUACUCGCUUUCGAAGCAAGGCGGGUAUAUCUGA